AUGAACGACGAUGAGUGUCCAGAGCUCAUUACCGCCAAGGUUCCCGUGACGAUCCUGACCGGCUUCCUAGGCAGCGGAAAGACGACUCUGCUGCACUACGUGCUGUCCGCCGAGCAUAACCUGCGUAUCGCCGUCAUCGUGAACGAGUUUGAGUUUGGCAAAACGAUCGAGAAGGGUCUCACUCUUAAGAGCUCGCAGAAGCCGGACGACGAGUGGCUGGAGCUCAACAACGGCUGCAUGUGCUGCACAGCCCAGACGCAGACAGUGAAGGCGCUGGAGAGCCUCAUGCUGCGCAAGGGCACCUUCGACCUCGUGCUUGUGGAGACGUCGGGGCUCGCCGACCCCGCACCAGUCGCCGCAAUGUUCUGGCAGGAUGAGGCGCUGUGCGGCUCGCUCUACCUCGCCGGCAUCCUCACGCUCGUGGACGCGAAGAACAUCUGCAAGUACCUCAAUGACCCGGAGGUGUCGUCCGAGGCGGCGCGGCAGAUCCUCAUGGCAGACCGCGUCGUGCUGAACAAGUGCGACAUCGCGACGGAGGAUGAGCAGGGACAGGCGCUGGCCGAGGUGAGGCGCAUCAACCCCGUGGUGCAAGUGAUGCACGCGUCAUACUCGAGGCUGGAAAACCUCCGGGAGAUUCUCUUUCUCAACACCACGCAACGUAUCAUGGAAUUGGAGCACCUCCACCGCGGCGCCCCAUCGAGCAUUACAGCCGUUCCGCUGGAGUUCUAUGAGCAACCGAAUUUUUUGGUUGUCCGUGACAUGAGUGAGGUGGACUUGAUCUGUAGAGAUCUGCUCUACAAGGAACACGACCCGCCGUUUGAGGUGGUACGAUGCAAGGCGGCGCUGUGGAUGAAGAAGGAAGACCAGUAUUCGCUCCUGCAGCUGCAGACGAUUGGGGAACUCUUUGAUGUGACGCCGAUGGAGGGACAGAGUGUCCCGCUAGGUUGCUCGCGGGCACUGAUUCUCGGUAAGCGACUCGAUAAGGAUGUGCUUCGGGGUAUUUUCCUUCGGUACAUGCGGAGUGGGGUGGACUAA